GUGAUACAUUUUAAACUUGGAUGUUCAGCUUGGAUGUUAUGUUGGACAAUUAGCUGAGGGGGAUUAUUGUCUUAAAAGCUAUAUGUUAGAUAGACUAAUAACUGUUCUGGGAACUCUUUCUUGAUUUUGUUCCUUAUAAUGGUAAAGUAUAACAAAAUUACAACCUGAUUGUGAAUUCUCCACCUCGCCAUACCCAGCUAACAUUACAAGCAAAACAACUGACUGUAAAGCUUUUUUAAAGGGCUUGCAUGCCUUAUGGACUUUCUGUAUUGUACUUUAUGGGUAAAAACUACAAGGCCUGCAGCAAAUGAUCAUUUUCAUUAUUGAUUAAUCUACUGAUUAUUUUCUCAGGCAAUUGUUUUGUCUAUAAAAUAUCAGAAAAUUGUGAGAAAUGCCGGUUAAAAUUUCCCAGAUGUGGCAUCUUCAAAUUCCUGGAUUUAUCCAACCAUCUGUCUAAAACCUAAACAUGUUCAGUUUGGUUUCAUAUCUGACAACAAAAAGCAGCAAAUCUUCAUAUUUGAGAAGAUUUGAGUAACUUUGCUUGAAAAAUGACUUAAAGGAUUAAUUAAUAAUCAAAAUAGUUGCAAAUUAUUUUUCUGUUGGUUGACAACUUUACACUCUUUUACCUCACUAUUUAUUACCCAAAAAACAUACUAUAUCAACACCAUUUAUUCUUUCAGUCUGUGACAGGAAGUUGUUUUGCGUUGCGGCUGACUUGAUGGUGCUGCAGAGCGUCAGGUCAGAGAGGUUGAAUGAGUGUUUAGUGUUAGAGGGGUUCUUGCAGAGAAGAGUUACUAUGGCAGGACUUCUGCAUGUCAUUCUGCUGUUAUUUCUGCUUUGUGGAUCUUUUAUUCUUAUUUCAGCCACAACUACAGUGAGACCUACUCUAGAUGCAGAUGCAGCUUUUCCUACAACUGAGAGCCUUUUUCCUGCAGGGAAAACCAACACCACUGAGGUUCCCACCACGAGGUUCACUACCAGUUACAGCAAGUCAACAUCUAAACCUCCCAGUACCACCACAACUACCAAACAUGUGACUGCUGGUCAAACAACGGAGAGAGCAGUGCCCAGAAAAGGUGCAGAAGAAGAAGAAGAAGAGGGUCCUCUGGAACUGGAAAGGAGGUCCACCCGGAGCAUUAAGGUAGCAAAGAAGCCCAAAACGAUCCUGAAGAAACCCAAACUCAUCACCAAGAAGACGAAGGUUGUUAAGAAAACCAAACCUCAAGUCAAACCCAGCGUGAGCCAAUCAGAGGCCGCGGAGAGGGUUCCACAAUGUCCUCCGCUGGGUCUGGAGUCACUGAAGGUCAAAGACAACCAGCUGAGAGCGUCGUCCUCCAAACGCAGAGGCCUGGGCGCUCACCGCGGCCGACUCAACAUCCAGUCUGGGAUAGAGGAUGGCGACAUCUACGAUGGAGGCUGGUGUGCUCAGUACAGAGAUAAGAAGCAGUGGCUGCAGGUGGAUGCUGGGCGACUGACUCGCUUCACCGGUGUCGUCCUGCAGGGUCGCACCUCCAUCUGGAGCUGGAACACGGUUCAUACCUACAAGGUGCAGUUCAGUAACGAUUCGCUGGUCUGGAAGCCGAGUAUGAACGGGACCCAAGAGGCUGUGUUUGUAGGAAACCAGGACUUGGAUACACCUGUCCUCGCCCUUUUCAACACGUCCACGGUGGCCCGUUACAUCCGGAUCAACCCACAGAGCUGGUACGAGAACGGGACGCAGGGGGACAUCUGUCUGAGAGCCGAGGUGUUGGGCUGCACGCUCCCAGAUCCAAAUAAUAUCUAUCCGUGGCAGACAGAGCGAACAGAGUCUAGAGACAAACUGGACUUCAGACACCACAACUACAAGGAGAUGAGAAAGCUGAUGAAAUCGGUGAACGAGGCGUGUCCUGAUAUCACCCGCAUCUACAGCAUCGGGAAGAGUUACACGGGUCUGAAGCUCUACGUCAUGGAGAUCUCUGACAACCCUGGAAAACACGAGCUGGGAGAACCAGAGUUCCGGUACGUUGCAGGGAUGCAUGGGAACGAGGUGCUGGGCCGAGAGGUGCUGCUCAAUCUAAUGCAGUACAUGUGUCAAGAGUACAAGCGAGGCGACCCGCGUGUCAUCCACCUGGUCAAAGAGACUCGCAUCCAUCUUCUGCCCUCCAUGAACCCUGACGGAUAUGAGAUGGCCUUUAAAAAGGGCUCAGAACUGGCAGCUUGGGCCUGGGGGCGUUACAGCUAUGAAGGUAUCGACAUGAACCACAACUUUGCUGACCUCAACUCAGAGAUGUGGAACGCCAUCGAGCUGGAGACGGACCGGUCCAAACUCAUCAACCACUACUUCCCCAUCCCGGAGAUGUACACCUCUGAGGAGGCCUUUGUGGCUUCAGAGACGCGUGCAGUCAUCAACUGGAUGCAGGACAUCCCAUUUGUUCUUGGUGCUAACCUCCACGGUGGAGAGCUGGUGGUGACCUACCCGUUUGACAUGACCCGGGACUGGGCGCCACGCGAGCACACGCCCACUGCUGAUGAGAGCUUCUUCCGCUGGCUGGCCACGGUGUACGCCAGCACCAAUCAGGUGAUGUCCAACCCAGACCGGCGGCCCUGCCACAACAAGGACUUCAUCAGAUACAAUAACAUCAUCAAUGGAGCCGACUGGCACAACGUACCAGGAAGUAUGAAUGAUUUCAGCUACCUGCACACCAACUGCUUCGAGGUGACGGUGGAGUUGUCCUGUGAUAAAUUUCCUCACGUCAGCGAGCUUCCCAUCGAGUGGGAGAACAACAGAGAGUCUCUGCUGGUUUACAUGGAGCAGGUCCACCGUGGAAUUAAGGGUGUGGUUCGGGACAAAGAUACAGAGGCUGGUAUAGCAGAUGCCAUCAUUAAAGUUGAUGACAUUGAUCAUCAUAUUAGAUCAGUUACUGAUGGCGACUACUGGCGGCUGCUGAAUCCUGGAGAGUACCGGGUAACAGCCAGUGCUGAGGGCUACAUCCCCUCGUCCCGCACUUGCCAGGUCAUGUACGACCACUACCCCACAAUCUGUGACUUUCGCCUCACCAAGAUGCCCCAACAGAGGAUAAAAGACAUUCUGGCGAAGGGAGGUAAACUCCCCAAGGACCUGCAGCUGCGGCUGCGACAGCUCCGCCUGCGUAAGCUCCGUGUCACCACCAAGAAAUUCAACCAGCGGCGUACUGCUGCUGCGGCCAAACGGGCAAAGAGGAUAUGAUGAUGGUGGAAGAUAAUAUGAGAACAAAGCUGGACUUAAUUCAGUUCACUCUGGGUUCAGAGACGCCUCACUGGAUUCAUGUCACUUUUUUUAUUGUUUUUUAAUACUGUUAUCACAGCUGGGGACCAUGCUCCUCUUCUUCCACAUUUCAUCUUCUGCUGUGGAGCAGCAGAGCAACUGAGGGAACAGUUCAGGCCACAUUUACACACCAGUGUUGUGGAGGCUCACUGGAUAUGAAAUGAAGGACUAGGAGGGUAGAGUUUCAGCUGUCAAGGUGUUCACAUCCAGUGUAAGAGUUGUUCACUUUUUAUACACAGCAGGAAAAUGAGUUUACAGAAUCUUAAUGUAAACAUCCACACUCAUACUGUCGUCAUUGUUUCAAUUCAUAUCCAUUGUGCAGGGAUACAGACCCAAAACAACUAUAAAUAUGUCUUAAUAAAAAUGUUAACUUACCGGUA